CAUCAGUCGUUAGGUCGUUACCCGCGAAAGGAGGUUAUGUUCAGAUGUCGCACUGUGCGGCGAGUUCGGAGUUGGGAGAAAUAUAGAAAACGUACUUCCGACAUGCUGCUGCCGACUCUGGAAAUUUGGCGAGAUUAUACUGAGUUUCAUCAGGCUUAGUGAGCAUCACGAUGCAUUGAGGAUUGGCUAAUCCUAUACAAGAAGCACACGAAGACGCUACGAAAAAUCGUGCAUAUUAAUCGAACUCUAUACGUGCGAAUGUGUCUCGAUCUAUGUAGAAAGAGAGGUUAGAAUUCCAAGCUUGGAUACAUAAUAAGUGAACGUAAAACAAGGAGAUUGAUCGUGGAUAUAAGAUCGCGAUAUAUCAGUGCUACGAAUCGAAACAACAGCCAGGGUUACGACAUGAGCACUCAGCAGAGCCCAGCCGCCCUGCAAUCCACUGUCGAUCGUGAGAAGGUAUACACAUGGAUAAUCGAGUUAUCGAAUCCAGAGACAAGGGAGAAUGCUCUUCUGGAGUUGAGUAAGAAGCGUGAGGUAGUGCCCGAUCUAGCACCUAUGUUGUGGCACUCGUUUGGCACUACAGCUUCUCUCCUUCAGGAGAUCAUUAACAUUUAUCCGGCAAUCAACCCUGCGACUCUUACCGCUUAUCAGAGUAAUCGGGUUUGUAAUGCCUUGGCACUGCUGCAAUGCGUAGCCAGCCAUCCAGAAACAAGAUCUGUAUUUUUACAGGCACAUGUUCCAUUGUUCUUGUAUCCGUUUCUGCAUACCGUAAGCAAGACACGCCCAUUUGAAUACCUUCGCUUGACAAGCCUUGGCGUGAUUGGUGCACUGGUCAAAACCGAUGAGCAAGAAGUGAUCACCUUUCUUCUCACUACCGAGAUUAUCCCACUUUGUUUGCGGAUUAUGGAAAGCGGCUCGGAAUUAAGUAAGACUGUGGCGACAUUUAUAUUACAGAAGAUACUGUUAGAUGACAGUGGCCUCUCCUAUAUCUGUCAGACUUACGACAGAUUCAGUCAUGUUGCCAUGAUAUUAGGAAAAAUGGUUUUAUCCUUAGCCAAAGAUCCUUCCGCACGAUUGCUUAAACAUGUAGUACGGUGUUACUUGAGACUCUCUGAUAAUCCAAGAGCACUGUUAGCUCUAAGGCAGUGCUUACCAGAUCAGCUGAGAGAUAACACAUUUGCGACAUGUUUACAAGAAGAUGCCUCAACUAAGCAUUGGUUGAACUUGCUUCUUAAGAAUCUGGAGGCCGGUCCGCAACAGCCAGGUCCACCAACUCAGCCAGGUCAACAAGAUCCGAGGACGAUUGGUAUGUCGCCGCUUACAUCUUAAAGUAUCCUCUUUUUUUGACGAUCA